GGUGACAACAAUGUAAAACAAUGAGUUCUUGGAGACAAAAGCAUUUAUAAUCGUGAUUAACUAGUGGUGUCAGCCUAUAUAAGUCAUCACUUGUCUGCUAACGUGCUAAUCGAGGAGGACAGACCAAGGAAAGGCACACUCUUCAAGGCAUAGAGGUUUCAACAUUUCCCUGUUGACGUUUUCGAAACGUAAGUUGCAAAGAUGAAAUUCGUGCUGCUGCUGAUCGUAAGCUCCUUUGCUGGGCAAGGUAUCCUAGGACAGCAGGUGGCGUUUCAGGCUCAGUUUUCCUCAGGAUAUAUCAUAGUGCCCGCAUCUGGUCCCCACAUCUUCAAUAACGUCAUCUUUAACCGUGGCAACGCGUAUAGCUGCAGCACCGGCAAAUUCACUGCUCCAGCCCCUGGAGUGUAUUAUUUCGCGGCCCAAGUGUUCACCGCUAACAAGAUGAGAGCGAAGGUAGACAUCAAACGAAAUGGCACACCUGUCUCCACGAUGGCUCUUAACACCACACAACCUGGCGACGCAGAAAGCGUGUCUACUGGAAUUACUCUGCAAUUAGCAGCUAACGACCAGGUCUGGGUAGAAACGGCCAAUCCAUUGUACGAUAUUAGAUACUUGGGAGAGAUGCAUAGCCAUUUCUCUGGGUUUCGGGUGUGCGGCUGCUAAAUAUGUCUGAGCUUAUGCAAAUAAUCGUUUCUCACGUUAUGCUUGGCCAUACUGAAUUUAUCUUUUCGCUGUUACUCAUGUUAGUAACAUAUCCUUUCUAGAACCCUUUCUUUUGGUAUGAACCUUAAAAGAUACGAUACUAAUAAAUGCAACGACAACAUGAAAUAAGUAUAUAAAAUAGAGGGCGAAUAUUGGAAUUCAAAAUCAUGGUGCCACCAUAUAAAGUGUUAAUGUAAGAGACAUUCACCAUGCAGCAAUAGAGCGUAAGAGAAAAAAAAGUCAUGUGUUCAAUAAAGCAAAUAUUUCCAAUUGUCUUACAUCUACAUCUAAUCGGGAGGUAAAUUUGACACGUGUCCUGCUGAAGACGACUUCAUAGGUUGCACAUAACGAACCGUGUUAUUUAGAAACAUUUGACCGCUGAAACAUUAACGUCGGUUUGAUUUUUUUUUUAUUGCUUUGGUGGAUUUUGGGGUAAGUUUUUGUUUUUUUUAGUAAAAGCUUUCUUCACUAGAAAUGUUUAUAAAAUUGCCAAUGAAGAUAAUACAGUACACGAAGAAAGAAGGUUCAAGAAUAUAUCUGUCAGUUUACUCCUUUCAGUGCUGAAUAAAAUGACUGUUUGGUCA